AAUCAAUUGAUCAUAAAUCCCAUCAAAUCCCAUCAUUGCCGGUGAUAUCAGCAGAAGAAGGACCACAUUGCGCGCGAUUACAAGGCGAAUGUUGGCGCGGCUUCAACUACGGAUUACGAGACUUCGCUUGAAACCAGCGGAAUAGCCUCAAGUACUUCUCCAAGCAGAAGAACGUUAUUUUUACCGAUCCGCAGAGAAAGCCCUACAUUAUCGCCGAGAGACACUCCAAGCGCAUCGCUGCCAUGGCGCCUAGACAAGAAGUCGCCGCUGCAUCACCGAGCACUUUACGCCGACUGAGGCUUCAAGCUGAGCAACCCUUUCGCCACAACCGAAUCUCUCGUCGGAGGGUGCAGCCGCUCCUGAAAAAAAAUAUUCAAUACAUUUGUACAACCCUCUCAGAGGGGCGUGUGUCUUCAAUAAGGGAAGAGACGGAUACUGAGACCGAGACCGAAACUGAGGCUGAGACCCGGUGGGAGCGAAGCACCCGUGGAGAUGCAAAGACUUUUUGGGUCGAGCAGCUGUACCGCUACGAGGAGUUGUGAAGUAAAGAAGCUAUGAAGAUUGAUUUUUAUUUGAUAUGUACGUGAAAUUUAUGAAUCGGGCUGUAUCUGGACGUAAGUAGACACGACAUCAAGGAAGGCGAAAAAGGGCUGGCUGUCUGAGGGUGUCUUGCUGAUCGAGCAAUCGAGUGGUGUGAGUUGAGUAACCAAUGUUUGGUUGUCUUUCUCUAUUCUGCUUCUUCAUCAGGAAUGUUUAUUGAACAUUGAAUAUUAACAAAUGAUACCUUAGAAUAUAGUUGUUACCGCCACAAUGUGCGCUAUGCUGUCG